AUGCAGGAACUGCCCCUCAGGCUUGAACUUAUCAUAAAGUUUCGCAAGCGUCUCAAGGAAAACUUUGCUAUAUCUAAAGAGCCAUAUGACUUUACCAAUCUCCAGAUAGCGAUUUUUCUCUUGAUGCCGGUUGAGACUCUGCGGUAUCUUCCUCAAGACACCUCACCCAUUAUGAACUCUUUGACUCUCCAGCGCCUAUUACCUUUUCUGGUCCAUGGGAUAUUUCCUGAUGGAAGCAGCAUAUAUCCGGCGCGGGUAGCUGUUACUUCUAAGAGCAUCUGCCAGAAUGACAAGGAGCGCGAAAAGUGCUUGCUGAGAGACCAACGAGUUUGCGCCUUAACUAACGUCACAAUCGAAAACCCCUGCUAUAUUGCCCCUGUCGGUCUUACCGCAAACCAGGCGAAUAUGUAUGCCUUUACCGAUUCGAUCCUCAUAAACAAACUGAUGGGAGAUAUCGGGGUGCAGAUUAGCCGUACCAUGGUUACUGAUUCCCUGGGUGCUUUUGAGAAAAGUUGGAAUAUGCUCUGUUUGCACCCGACCUUGUGUAAAUGGUGGAAUUUCUUCCACCUCCUACAACCAGGAGACUCUUUCGAGAUUUUAGUCGACAGUCAAGAAGAAGCUCUCAAGAUGAAAGCAGCGCUCGAGUUUCAGUGGGUGGCGGUUAGGCUCGCAGCCUUGUCUGGUACUUCAAAAGAGUGGAAAUGGGAAAGCCGUUAA